AUGGCCACGCUAGAGACACUGCCCAUUCUCAGUGACCCAACCUACCCCAACCCGGAGAAAUUCCACGGUUUUGCUCCCCGGCCAUCCCAAACCAUCUCCAAGAGCACCAUGGGGAGUGUGGGCAGCGGAGUGGCCAAUGACCAGGAGUUCGCCAUGAAGAGCGUGGGGACCCGGACGCAGAGCAGUGGUCGGCAGAUGGAGGGGUCUCGCAACGGGUACUCCACACGGGAGAUCUCCAACCGCUACUCCGGCGAGGAGAAGACAUACAAGACGGAGAAAGUCUCCAAUUCUCUCUACAUCAACGGCGACCUGCGCAAGAGCGAGAAGGUGAAGAUGGACAUCUGUGGGAACGUGACCACCAACAAUGAGAAGAACUUGCCGCCUCCUCCCCAGUACCGAGAGCCCAGUAACCCACCAAAGAUAUUGCCAAUCUCCGGCAAACUAGACCAGAGCAAUGAGCCCUUAGUUAGACCCUCAGCCUUUAAACCAGUAGUUCCUAAAAACUUCCAUUCCAUGCAGAACCUCUGCCCACCGCAGAGCAACGGGAUGACAGAGAACAGAAAGAGCUUGAACCAUGCCAACAGCAAUAGCCCGUCCGCACCCAAAAGUGGACUCGACAAGAGCAGCCUUAACAGGACUACAAACCAAGGGGGAGGCCUGUCGGAUUCAGGCCGUAACUCGUUAACAAGCCUGCCCACCUACGGGACAGGCUACAGCCAGCACGUGGGCCCGAUGAGCGCCUCCACAAGCCACAUCAACCGCAUUGGGACCACCUACGUGGAGAAAAACAUUGUGGGAUACAACGGGAUAUCUACCUCAGACAGCGGGCGGUCCUCCAGCAAGAGCACCUCUUCCUUCAACAGACUGAACCAUCUCAACGAAACAAUGCCUUUCCACUCGCCUUCAACGGAUGACAUCAUCCAAGACCUGGAAGACAGGCUGUGGGAGAAAGAGCAGGAGGUCCUCCAGAUGCGAAGGAACUUGGACAAAAGCGAGGCAGCCAUCUUCCAAGUGUUUGAGGAGAAGCAGAAGAUCUGGGAGAGGGAAAUGGAGGACUUGAGGCAAAACUAUGCCAACAAAUUGCAGCAGGUCUCCAAAAAGGCGCAGCGGGCUCAGCAGGCUUUGCAGCUUCAAAUUUUCAAGCUCCAGCAGGAGAAAAAAAAACUCCAAGAUGAUAUGGGACAACUCCUCCAGCAACGAGAGGAGCUGGAGAAGAAAUUUGUGGCUUUCAAGAAGGAGCAGGCUGAGUUUCUCCCAAAGAUUGAAGAGACCAAGUGGGAGGUGUGCCAGAAGGCAGGUGAGAUCUCCCUGCUCAAGCAGCAGCUGAAGGACUCCCAAGCAGAUGUCUCCCAGAAGCUGAAUGAGAUUGUGGGACUGCGCACACAGCUCAAGGAAGGUAAGAACUUCCUACGGGAGAAAGAGGAGCAGAUCCUCACCCUGAAGGACUCCUACAGCUCCAAGAGUGUCAACCUGGAGAUCUGUGAGAGCGAGUUGCAGCGAAAGAUGAGCGAGGUCCAAGUGCUGAGGGAAAAGCUGAACCACUGUGAGCUAGAGGUCUCUGGCCUGAAGCGGACACUUGCCAGCAUGGGACCUCCGGGACCUUUUAAUGGGGACCUUGGUGAGAAGCUGCGGGACCCACUGGCCUGCGAGAGCGACGAAGCUAAGAUGCAGCGGCAGAGUGAGGACAGCGUCAACACGCUGCGGAAGGAGGUGGAGCGGCUCCAGACAGAGCUGAAACUGGAGCGGCAGCAGCGGGAACAGCAGGUGAUGGACUUCGAGGAGGAGCGGCGCACGUGGCAAGAGGAGAAGGAGAAAGUCAUCAAGUACCAGAAGCAGCUGCAGCUGAACUACGUGGAGAUGUACCAGAAGAACCAGCUCCUGGAGCACAAGGUGAACGAGAUGAACACGAAGGCCACCAGUCCCCCGCACACCGAGGAGAAGAAAACAUGGACUCCCUCGAGACUCGAGCGAAUAGAGUCCACCGAGAUCUGA